AUUCUCCUUAAUCAAUGUCUCCAGCAUGUCCUCGAGCUGAGAAUAUAUUCAGCUACAGAUUUGCAUUCAUUACAAGUUCUUUUAUGUGGGGGUUUUUAUUCCCCAGAAGCAGAAUUGAAAUUUUCAUCAGUUCUUGCAAUGGAGUCUCUGAGAAAGUCCCUGAAGGCUUUUCAGUCUCAGGCAAAGCAACAAAAUCACCCAGAAGAAGAAACUCAAGCUCUCUUGCAUAACCAUGAGCAGUCCUCUAAUUCUGAUACCCAGAAAGAAGAUAUAUUUGUCGAGAUUGAUACAGAUAAUGCUUCUGGCAAAGAAACAUCAGCUCCAACAUCAAGCAGUAAAUUUGCAGGUUCAUCAAAGAAGCUUAAAGUAUCAUUUGGAGAUGUAUUAACUGAAGUUGUUCGGCAAAGAAGCAAGGACUUGCCGGACCAAGAUAGCCGCUUCCGGUCUUUGAAUGCUUCUUUUGGUUGCAGAUCAUGGAGGUCGGUCGUGAAUAAGACAAAAUCUAGAUUGAUAGACCCACCUGAGGAAAGAUAUCAAAGAACUGAAACAGCAGACUAUGGUGAAGAUUCUGAGGAAGAAAGAGAUGAUCAUCAUGAAGAAAAUGACUCCGAAGACAUCCCGGAAGAAUACAAGAAAAUGACUCUCAGUGGAUUGACCAUGUUUCAACGUGUGAUUCUUGUCUUAAUCACAGCAGCCUUGGUUUGUAGCCUUUCUGUUCCUGUACUAAGGAAGCUAACAUUGUGGGAUCUUCCAUUGUGGAAAUGGGAGAUAAUGGUUUUGGCACUAAUCUCUGGUCAUUUAGUCUCCGGCUGGGGAAUCAAGGUGGCCGUGAUCUUUUUCGAACCUAAUUUGGUUUUGCGAAAACGGGUUUUAUACUUCGUUUAUGGAUUGAGGAAAUCUGUUCAGAAUUGCCUAUGGUUAGGUUUAGUUUUGCUUGUUUGGCAUUGGGUUUUCAACAAAAAGGUUGAAGAGACUAAGAGUAAGAUCUUGCAAUAUGUGACCAAGAUUUUGAUAUGUUUAUUGGUUGGAACAUUUAUAUGGCUAUUGAAAACUCUCAUUGUCAAGGUUCUCGCUUCAUCCUUCCAUGUCAACACGUACUUUGAUAGAAUCCAGGAGGCUCUAUUCAAUCAAUAUGUAAUAGAGACGCUCUGUGGUCCACCAGUGUUUGAAACUCAGAGCACUGAAGAAGAAGAAGAUGAUGAAGGGGCUGGUCCCAGUGACCUCAAGGCCACUCUUCUUGCCAAUACUGUUGGGAAGAGGCCAAGAUUUUCAAGGAAAAGUUCCAGGAAGAAGGAAGAGGAAAUUUCAAUUCACCACCUGCACAAGCUAAAUCACAAGAACAUAUCAGCUUGGAAUAUGAGGAGGAUGAUCAAUAUUGUCCGACAUGGUGCCUUGUGUACUUUGGAUGAGCAGAUACUUAAUUCAAACAUUGAAGAUGAGUCUUUAUUUCAUAUCAGAAGUGAAAACCAAGCGAAAGAGGCAGCCAAAAAGAUAUACCUUAAGGUGGCAAAGACAGGAUCCCAAUUCAUUUUCCUGGAUGACUUGAUGCGAUUCAUGGAUAAAGAAGAAGCAUUAAGAGCUCUGCAUCUCUUUGGAGCCACAAGUGAAAAUGAAGGAAUAAGCAAGAUAUCUCUUAACACUUGGCUGGUUAACGCAUUUAGAGAGCGACGAGCACUUGCAUUAUCUCUCAAUGAUACAAAAACUUCUGUAGACGAACUUCACAAUAUGUUGAACAUCCUCGUAGCUAUCAUCGUUACAAUUGUCUGGCUGUUGAUACUUGGAGUUAACAUCACUCACUUCCUAGUUUUCAUAAGCUCCCAGCUUCUGCUUGUGGCUUUCAUCUUCGGGAAUAGCUGCAAGACAACAUUUGAAGCAAUCAUAUUCGUAUUUGUAAUGCACCCAUUUGAUGUGGGUGAUCGCUGUGAAGUUGAUGGAGUUCAGAUGGUGGUUGAAGAGAUGAAUAUAUUAACUACAGUUUUCUUAAGAUAUGAUAAGCAGAAGAUCACCUACCCCAAUAGUGUUCUAGCUACCAAACCUAUAGGCAACUUCUACAGAAGUCCAGACAUGGACGAGGUAAUAGAUUUCAGCAUCCACAUCUCCACUCCAGUGGAGAAGAUUGGUCUAAUGAAAGAAAGAAUUACAGAGCAUAUUGAAGGCAACAGUGACCACUGGCAUCCAAGUGGCAAGGUAAUUGUGAAGGGGAUAGAGGACAUGAACAAAAUCAAUCUGUCAUUGGUGGUUACACAUAAAUUGAACUUUCAGCAGAUGGGGGAGAGAUGGAUUAGAAGAACACUUCUGCUAGAACAAAUGAUCAAGGUGUUCAAAGAGCUAGACCUUGAGUUUCGGUUGCUGCCUCUAGAUGUUAAUGUACGAAGUUUCCAGCCUUUGGUUUCAGACAGGAUUCCCUCAAAUUGGACCAACUAAUUAUACAGGGUUCAAGCAAAGAAUAUCGUGGCAAUGGGAUGGGGUGAGAGUCUCAAGUUUGACCAACUUGCUAAAUGGAUUUGAUAUAUGCAAAUUUUCUAGCAGAAUUCAUAUGUGACUGUGCUAUACUGUAAAAAUAAAAAAAGAAAAAUUAGAUGUAAAUUAAAAUGUUUGUGUUUGAGAGAGUAUUGGAAGAUUUUGAUUAUAUAUAUGUUUUUUAAAUAGUUUUAUU